AUGGCACCGCCGCGGUAUGCGCCCCUGCCGAACCCGCGGACGACGGAAGAGGCGGAGCGGGAGAUGGACGACGCGUUCGAGGACGAUAGCGAGAGCACGCCCCUGAACGUCUCCUAUGCCGCUCCCACGCCCACCCAUGCUCGCACCCGCUCUACGCCACGAGGGACGUACGACUUUGAGCGCGAGUACGAGUACGACUUUCCGCCGCCCGGCUCGCCCCCGCGCCCAUCGUCCGUCGCCCUCCCAAAUAAUGACAUCGGCAACUCAAACGGGAUAAUGCCCACCUCCCCGCACAUCCCCCAGACAGACGCAUCGUCGCGCCCCGGCUUCUUCAGGCGGACAUUCGGCGCGAUAUUGCCGACCCAUUAUCAGCCAUUGCCCACCCAGGCCAAUGUGCCCGGUCACGGCGGCGGAAUGAUGAACGACGGUGUGUUCGCGAACGUGAUGGCCAAGCCCAACCGGCCGGUAGCCGUGACAGGCGAGAACGGAGAGGUGUACAUGGUGCCCGAGGACACGCAAGCAGAAGCGCCGCCCUCCUACGCGGCAGCUUCGGCAGACGCCGCGCCUGCGUACUGGGAAACGACAGUCCAUGCCCCGCCGACGCUCAACCUCGCGGGCGACAUGAUCAUCGACGACCUGCCCACCGGGCCGUUCGUGACGUUCAUCAUGACGGCCCUUAUCUCCUGGUUCUUCCAGUUCCCCGGUUUCCUCCUCACGUACCUUCUGCACGGCACACACGCCGGGCGCUUCGGUGCGCAGGCUGGGCUGGCGCUCACGCUCAUCCAGUACGGCUUUGGCGCGACGAUGGGCCGUGGGAUCGGCGAUAGCCCGUACGGCGAGGGCGAGGGCGACGGGACUGUAGCGCCUACGCCGUCCGAGCCUGUGCCCACCGACGGAUCCGGGAUGCCAAUGGACAACAUGCCAAACGCUGAUGAUGUGCUCCCGCCGAUGUACUCGGCCGGCCACGAAUGGAUCUCAUUCUUGCUCAUGACAGUCGGCUGGUUCCUUCUUCUGACGUCCAUCAUCGGUUAUGUCCGCGUCAAGCGUUUCGAGCUGUCCAUCCGUGCGGCGCAGAGGAACGGCGGAACGCAGUACACGCCCGAAGAGGCGCAGCGCGAUAACAAUCUCAGGCGAAAUCUCGAGGAGGUCUUUGGUAUUUCCAUCGCCGCGGAGGAGCGCGCUCAGCAGCAGGAGCAACCGCAACCAGAGCAUCAGCCUAGCACUCCCGAGGACCCCGAGCGGUCUGCGCGCUUGGCGGCUGAGGAGGCGAGACUGGAGCGUGAUUUGCGCGCUGCUGGGUUGCUGUGA